AUGUCCAAGUGUGCCUUUGGAGUUUCUACUAUUGAAUAUUUGGGCCACAUCGUCCCUAGGCAAGGAGUUUCAGCUGAUCCUUCCAAAUUAAACGCAGUGGCUAACUGGCCUGUACCUACUUCUGUUAAAAGUUCAAGAGGAUUUUUGGGUCUCACAGGCUAUUAUCGGAAAUUUAUUCCUUACUAUGGUAGGGAAAGUUUCCCUUUGACUCAGUUAACUAAGAAGGAUGAAUUUUUGUGGACUCCAGAGGCUACUGCUGCCUUUCACAAACUCAAGGAACUCAUGUUAUCUCCUAGCGUUCUCGCCUUGCUAGAUUUUACAAAACCUUUUAUCAUUGAGAAUGAUGCUUCUGGAUCUAGUAUAGGAGCUGUGUUACAACAGGAAGGCAGGCCUAUUGCUUUUACCAGCAAGACUCUUGGUCCUAGAAACUUAAGUUCUAGCUGUUGCUGGUCCUACACAAUCACCUCAUGCACCAUCUCUUUCUACAACAAAUCAUUUACUUAA